UGCAGAGAAUUAGUUUGAUUUGUUCAAAGUAAAAGUUUAACGAAUUUCUGCUUUUCAAAGUGCUUGCACACGUACAAUAACAAGAACUUUUCACAAUUUUUUUUCAAGUGCUUUGCGCCAUUCGCAAGGUUCGAUUUAAAGCGUUCGCAUAUUAGCUGCAGCGAAAGCAUCAUUCCUAAAAAGACAGUUCUCCUCAAUAACACGGCAUUUAUAAACUGGAAAUGGAUUUGAAUGUCAAUGAAUCUGUUACAAAGUUUCUAAGCCCUUUUCGAAUCCCACUCCCACCCUUAUAUCCAGAGCUUGAAGUAUUACGCAUACCAGAUUUACCACUUGAUGAGGAGGAGUUUUGGCAGGAAAUACCGAAGAGAGUUUUACGUCAUAUUAUGCCAGUAAAUACGCCUGAUCCAAACGGUGAAGAGCUCACCAGAAAAAAAUCAGAAAAAAAAGAAGAAUUGAAGCCACCGUUCCUUGUACACCAAUCAUAACAGAAACAUGAACAAGAGCAGCCAGAACAGGAACUGCCCAAAUGUCAGGUACCAAUCGGUUAAUCCACAAAGAGCACAGGAAGAGGACACCAAUGCGUCUAAUUAGAAAUUUGAAUGUUCGGCGCAACGGUUGAACGAAUUGAGCUGGUGCUUAGUGCAUAUAUACAAUUAGCCAAGCUUGAUGAAAUUCGCUAGCGGGCGCAAUAAUUAAAGUCCACAGCAGUUGCAACCAAGGCCGCCACAUUGGAAGGAAAACGCCUCUUCACAGCAGUUAAUAAGUUUUUAACUGGUUCAACCAUUGCCCGCGAGCUGAGGCAACUAAUGACGAGAAACGCGCCGCUUAGUGGUGAUGAGCCCGACGAGGAGCAGAUGGCGACGGGUACAGACAACGAUGAGCAGCAGACGCAGCCGGUUGACGAUGGCCAGAGUCAGAGUCAGCAGCAGCACACAAAUGAGCAGCAGUCGACAGCAAAUCUGCCACAGCAGCGACGCCAAAGGCAACGCAAGAAAGUGACAACGCAGCAACAGCAGCAGCAGCAACAACAACAUCGUGGCGCCAACCAGUCGGAUGCGGACACAGAUUCCAGCUCAUGUGAGGCUGGUGGCGUGGCCAGGGCCGGUGUCACAAAGUCGGGCGUAACUCGAAAUAGCACUCGAGUCAGCUAUGCACAGCGCAACCUCAGCGACCAGGUUGUCUACGAGCAAUACAACGAUGAUGAGGCAGAUGACUAUGACGAGGAUGAAGAAGACGACGACGUGGAGGAGGAAGAGGAAGACUACGAUGACUAUGAGCAGCUGACCAGCUUGCAGCGUGCACCUAUCAAAACAUCGCCAACCAUGCGCGGCUCAGUGACAGCCGGAUCAGAUAUUGCCACGGAGAGAGAGUUGGGCAAGUCGUCACUAAGGAACAAGCGCAAAACGAAAACACGUCAAUUCUCGCAGCGGGCCAGCUCGUAUGCCGUGGAUGCUGUUCAUGGUGAGGCGGAUGCGGAUGCGUUGGACAAGCGUCGCUGCAUCUCCAAGGGCCAAAUGCGUGAAUUUCGCGAAGCAUUUCGCCUAUUUGACAAGGAUGGCGAUGGCUGCAUAACCAAGGAGGAGCUGGGCACCGUUAUGCGCUCGCUGGGACAGUUUGCGCGCGUCGAGGAGCUACAGGAGAUGCUGCAGGAGAUCGAUGUGGAUGGCGAUGGAAAUGUGAGCUUCGAGGAGUUCGUUGACAUACUCUCCAACAUGACCUAUGAGGACAAAUCGGGCCUGUCCUCGGCCGACCAGGAGGAGCGCGAAUUACGCGACGCCUUUCGCGUCUUUGAUAAGCACAAUCGUGGCUAUAUAACCGCCUCCGAUUUGCGUGCAGUGCUGCAAUGCCUGGGCGAGGAUCUCGACGAAGAGGAGAUUGAGGAUAUGAUCAAGGAGGUGGAUGUGGAUGGUGAUGGGCGCAUUGAUUUCUAUGAGUUUGUGCAUGCACUGGGCGAGCCGGAGGAUUCGCAGGAAAUCGACGAUGAGGAGGAGAACACCACAUCGCCGCUGCCGACGCCCAAGUCCGCAGUCUCCCUGGGCUACGAUUGAGAGAUUUACUAAGAGUUCAACAAUUUGCUCAACAUUGGAUAUGAUACCGAUAAUUAUAACGAUUACAUUUACAAUUGCAAUCACUUAUCUCACGCCAUUUGCUCUGAACGCACAGCUCAACGAAUCGAGAUGAAUAUUUACCAAGUAAUUAAAGUAAAUUAAUACACUAAUAAAAAACAAAAAAAAACUGUUACAAUUACUUCACGUGCAGUGUGAAACAUCAUAAGCAAUACCAAAUAUGAUACCACUAAACGCAAAUUCACAUAAAUUAAUUAAAAUAACUCAAAUUCGAUUAACAUCAAUAUAUACGUAUUUAUCUCUUUCUCUCUCUCUCACUCACUCUUAAAAUUUAACAUAAAAUCAAAGUACUCAUAGAAAGUGGUAUACCGAGAACGAAUCCAAUUUAAAACGUAAAUACUUAUUUGAUAUCUAUCUUGACUAUUUACCUUAAUAUUAUAUCGAAAACUUGUUGAGAUCAUACAAAAUCGAUUUUUCAAAACAUAAACAUAUCAAAAUCGCCUCAGAUUAAGUAUUUUUGCUGCACCACCAACAACAGCCAUUCAGUUUACCAUUCACCCAACAUCCCCAAUCAAAAAUAUAAAAUGAAAAAAAAAAAGAAAUAAAUAAAAAAAAAAAAAAAAUUGUUGCCCACAUUUGCGGCGCUUUCACAGAUACUCAAAAUAGCAACAACUUAGCAAUAUUUAUUUUCAUUUGGGCUAAGACUUAUAUAAUGUACUUAAGCAAUUCCAUUUUUUCAAAUUCAAAAUUUAAAUAUACUUACAUAUAAAUACUACUGAA